AUGGCCAGGGGUUCCGACAUUGUUAUUGCCGUCAUCGCCAUCCUCUUCCCGCCCGCCGCGGUGGCGAUGCUGACUGGUAUGUCUUACGCUGGUGGCCUCGCGGCCACUCGCUCGCGUCCCCACCCAUUAGUUGCUGACUCCCAACAGGUUGCGGCUGUGACCUCCUCAUCAACAUCUGUCUUACCCUUCUCGGCUACAUUCCGUAUCUUCGAAUUCGGCCACAUCCACGCCUUCUGGAUCCUGUGGAAGAAGAUGAAGGCCGAGGAGCUCUACGGCGUCCAGGGCUACCAGUACCUCGGCAACGGCGAGUUUGUCGCCGUCGCCGGCGGACCUCCCCAGGCCAACCACCGCGCCCCUCCUCCCCCGCACUACGGCUCCACCCGCUAA